CUCCCAGUGAACACAGCGAACCGCUUUGACACCUCUCUCGACCCUUGGACUGUGUCGUCAUAGCUCUCCACUGAGAAAGCCAAGAAACCCCUAGACGUAACAGUUACAAAACAACCAUGGUGGAACAACUGUUUGCCAAGUGGAAACUGGAGAAGAAUGAGAACUUCGACGAGUAUAUGCAGGCAAACAAGGUGAACAUCGCUCUCCGUAAGGUCGGGAACACCAUUACGAACCAUGAGGAGAUCUCCCGCGACGGGGACGAGUGGACCCUCAACAUCACCUCAACCUUCAAAAACUCCAAACUUGUGUUUAAGUUGGGCGAACCUUUCGAGAUGCAGACUUUGGAUGGACGAACCAUGAAGACCACAUUCACAGUUGAAGGUAACAAGCUAAUAGGUCUUGAGGAGCCAAUCAACGAGGGAGAUACACCAAACAAGUAUGAGCGAGAGGUCACAGAUGACGGCAAAAUGGUUCUGACCUGUACUGCGAUAGAGCAGAACAUUGUUGCGAAGAGAUAUUUCACCAAGGAGUCAAGUUAGAGGUGUAGCAACAAAAUAAUUAUCUACCGUCAUGUGAACAUGGAUUUCAGACAGUCUACAACCACGUACGCGUUCGGAAAGCUAUCGUCUUUAAACAAAUUGUUGAAUAAAGGCUAGAGAAAAUCCA